AUGAUUGGUGAAGACCAAAUUGCUGAAGUUGCUCCAAAUAGUAGUUAUAUAAAUCUUUCUUUAAAUAUUAUAAUACAUGAUGAAUCAUAUCAGAAACUGAUCGAUUUUAUAUAUUCUGCCUUGCAAAUAUAUGCACAUGACCCAACAUAUAUAGUAGAAAAAACAAAAACUUACUAUAGUGCAAAUGUUCUAGAUCAAACCUUAGCUAUAUAUAAUUUAGCUUAUAAAGAUAUUUACUCAACUAAAUACCUCAACUCAUUAAUGCUUAGUAAAUUACCACCUUAUGCAUUAAUGUUAAAAGUAGAAUCUUCUAUUAUAUUACUUUAUAAUAUUAAUGCAAGUGAAGAUCUCU